GUAUCAGAAGUCGAAAUUUUCCGAGGGCAGCGGCGCUGGUAGCUGUGCUGAACCAAAAUUUCACUCGUGUCCUCCGUCCUUUAUUCCACUUCAGGUUUGGUCACUGUAUUACAUGGGAUCUACAGCAGAGGAUGGCUAUGCUGCAUUUGAAAACAAGGUCAAACGAACAAUGUACCUUGACAACCUUUCACCUUCGGUCACUGAAUCCGUGUUGAGAACUGCUUUUGAUCAGUUUGCAAAUGUAAAAAAUGUCAAGCUCAUUCCCAACUACCUUGAACCAAUGAAUGUGCCACAGUGUGCACUAAUAGAAUUGGAUAAUGAAAAGAAGGCCAAGGAAGUUAUAUCAAUGAUUGAGCAAUAUCCUUUCAUGAUAUGUGGGAAACCAAGGCCUGUAAGGGCAUUUCCUGCAAAAGCAGAAAUGUUUGAUGAUCGCCCUAAAAAUCCUUGUAGAAAGUUGACCUGUCGUUGGUUGGAGCCAGGUGAUCCUGACUUUGAGGUGGCAGAGGAACUGAAGGAGCUUACUGGCAAACAUGCUGCUGAAGCUGCUUACUUGCACCAAGUACAACUACAAGAAGAGGAAAAGCUUGCAAAGCACCAGGAAGACACGCUUAAAGGGCAUUAUAAGAAGUACAGGACGAUAGAGAGCGUUAUGGACGGAACUGCCCAAUGUCUGGCGCGUCACUAUAAUGUGCGUUAUAACAAUGAUUGAAAACUUUAUUUGGACUAGCAAUACGUGUAAGUAAACUCUUCUUUAUUAGUAGGUUAUUUUCUUCUAAAGCUCUAUUGUCCCUUCCAGUUAUCAGGAAUAAUUUAUGCGAGGAACGUCUUUAUAUGACCUAUGAUCCUUGUCAAAGUACAAUUUUUAGUCUGCUCUAUUCUUUCCUUUUAUGUUCAGCGGAGUGUGAUGGUGGAUGUUUGUGUUGUACUUGUAUUGAUAACUUAGAAAAGUAUACUUAUUAUGUCUGUAUAUUUGUUUUAAUUACUUGCAUUGUUUGUGCC